CAAUGCGAUUAUGGCACCCAAUCAGAAUCAAGAACUCUCAGAUCCUGCGUCAGUUACACACCCACCUUACUUUUGGUCAACCUUCUAGCGGGAGUUGUGUCGUUGCACUCUUGGACGCGUUCUCUGUGUGUGUGGUUAACGCUGAAAAUUAAGAGCCACCAUGUCUGACAGGAAGGCAGUGAUCAAAAAUGCGGACAUGUCCGAGGAUAUGCAGCAGGACGCUGUGGAGUGCGCCACCCAGGCCCUGGAGAAAUACAACAUCGAGAAAGACAUUGCUGCCUACAUCAAAAAGGAGUUUGACAAGAAGUACAACCCCACCUGGCAUUGCAUUGUGGGAAGAAACUUCGGCAGCUAUGUCACCCAUGAGACCAAGCAUUUCAUCUACUUCUACCUGGGGCAGGUGGCCAUUCUCCUCUUCAAGUCGGGCUGAAGCGCCAACCUCACCCACUACCCCCUACUGACCAUUAAACACAGACUGACUUUGCAGAGAGGCUCCUAAUUCCUGACCUGGGGACCGACUGUUUCUGGGCUGCUUCUUAUGUUGUUUUUGUUUUGGGGGGGGGAAAGAGAGAAAAAAAAUAGCUAUUUGAAUUAAGAAUGGCAAACAGAGAAUGAAACACUUGUAUUUAUUUUUGUUUUCUACACAGUUGAAAAUGUUUUAAUGUCACUUGGUUUAUUUUUUCUUCUUUCCUUUUUUUUUUUAAAUUAAAGCGGAAUGGUCUGGCUAUCCCGUUGAAAUGGCAA